AUGGAGGAAGGGCUUAAUAGAACCUUAAUCACUCUGAUUCCCAAGGUGGCGAGACCCAUGAUGAUCAAAGAUUUCCAGCCGAUCAGCCUUUUCAAUGUCUCCUAUAAAAUUAUGACAAAAGUCAUUGCUAAUAAUCUUAAGGAUCUUAUGCCUAAUUCGAUCAGUGAUACUCAAGCAAGUUUUGUUGAGGGUCACAAUAUUGCAGAUAAUAUCAAUAUUGCUCAGGAAAUUAUUCAUUUGAUGAGGCACAAGAAAGGUAAAGUUGGUUGGAUGGCUAUCAAAGUUGAUCUGGAGAAAGCCUAUGAUAGACUCACACCAAGUAACUCUUGUGGAACAAGAUACCUACUGAGGAGUUUGUGCCUUCGAGAUCGUAUGUCUCAGUAUAUAGAUCAGUUAGUCGGUAGUGAGGCUUGGCGUCUUAUCUUGCUAAGCAAGAGAGGCCCUAAGUUGUCCCACUUAUUCUUCGUGGAUGACUUGAUCCUCUUUAGUGAGGCUUUGGAUAGUCAAGGUACCAAGAAUCUUGGCACGUACCUUGGUGUUCCUCUACUUCGUGGUAGGAUUAUCAAGGACACCUACCAGUACAUCUUGGAAAACGUGUGGGAAAAGCUUUUGGGUUGGAGGGCCAAGAGUCUAUCCAUGACAACUGUCAUCCCUAGUUCACUUUGUGAUCAGAUUGAUCGAAUGGUGCGUGAUUUUAUAUGGGAUUCGGGUAGUGGUGAUAAGAAACUAAGUCUGGUUAAGUGGAACGAUACAUGUCAACCUACCACUCAUGAGGGAAAGAGUGUUUUGAGCUUGAGAAAUCUUAAUAAAGCCUUCCUCAUGAAAAGGAAAUUGACUGGUAUAUGGGAGCAUAUUCUGGCGAGUUUGACUUGGCACGUUGGUGAUGGAUCGCGAAGGGUUAAGGAAUUUGUGACUCUGAAUGGGCAGUGGGAUUGGGACCAUCUACAGAGGAUGCUUCCUAAUAGAGUUCUCAUACAGCUAGCCGCAGUCAGUGUCUUGAAGGGCGUGAUGGAGGUGGAUAUCCCUUAUUAA